AUAAUCUCAGAGUCAGCGGCAUCCAGCGGCAGGCCCACAGCUACAGCAAGCAGGAAGGAUAGAGCAGCAGCCCUCUUUUUUUUUUUUUUUCUUCACAUUUACAAUAAGUCGAACACCUUCAAAGCUCUUCUCGUGGUCUCAGAAAGCUUUGUUGGAUUUGGAUAAAUCCGACGUACUACUGUAGCAAUUCAUAUCCUCGAUUCAUCUGCUCUGCCCAUUCUGCCCUCCCCUCCCUCCCAUAACCAUCUUUAAAGGGAAUCAUCAAAAUCACCACUCCAUAAUUUUUUUUUUCCGGUCAACUGAUUCUUCUUGUAGUCCCAGCUUUGGAGUAGCCGUCAAUAUCCCACCGCCAAUGGAAGCAGGCGGCAAUGCUCCGGCCGACACCAACCCAACCGCCAGAACCAGUGCCAGGGUGGGAGUUCAGAUCCAGCAAAGCAGGAGACUACCCGAUUUCUUGCAAAGCGUUAAUCUGAAGUACGUUAAAUUGGGCUACCACUACUUGAUCUCUCACUUGUUGACACUUUGUCUGGUUCCCGUGAUGAUUAUCAUAUUAAUUGAAGCUUCCCAAAUGAACCCAGAUGAUAUUCGCCAAUUAUGGCUUCAUUUGCAGUAUAAUCUGGUUUCUGUAAUCACUUGUUCGGCCAUUUUGGUUUUCGGGUCAACGGUUUAUAUAAUGACCCGGCCAAGGCCGGUUUACUUGGUCGAUUAUUUUUGUUAUCGAGCUCCCGAUGAGCUUAAAGCUCCAUUUGAGAGUUUUAUGGAGCAUUCCAGGCUUACUGGGGAUUUUGAUGAAUCAUCCCUCCAGUUUCAGAGGAAGAUCUUGGAGCGUUCUGGGCUGGGGGAUGAGACUUAUGUCCCUGAAGCUAUGCAUUUCGUUCCUCCCCGCCCGUCUAUGCAGGCUGCCAGGGAGGAAGCUGAGCAAGUGAUGUUUGGGGCAUUGGACAAUUUGUUUGCCAAUACUAAGGUUAAGGCCAAGGACAUAGGAAUUCUUGUUGUCAACUGCAGCUUGUUUAAUCCCACGCCUUCGCUUUCGGCUAUGAUUGUGAAUAAGUACAAGUUGAGGGGUAAUAUUAGGAGCUUUAAUUUGGGUGGGAUGGGGUGCAGUGCUGGAGUUAUCGCGGUUGACCUUGCUAAGGAUUUGCUGCAAGUGCAUAGGAAUACGUAUGCUGUGGUAGUAAGUACAGAGAAUAUUACGCAGAAUUGGUAUUUUGGUAAUAAGAAGGCUAUGUUGAUACCUAACUGUUUGUUCCGGGUUGGGGGUGCCGCGGUAUUGUUGUCUAACAAGUCAGUAGAUAGGAGGAGGGCCAAGUAUAGGCUCGUCCAUGUUGUGAGGACUCAUCGGGGUUCGGAUGAUAAGGCCUUCCGUUGUGUUUAUCAGGAGCAGGAUGAUGCUGGGAAGACGGGGGUUACUUUGUCCAAAGAUCUCAUGGCUAUUGCUGGCGGGGCUCUUAAGACCAAUAUUACCACUUUAGGUCCCCUCGUGCUGCCAAUCAGCGAGCAGCUUCUGUUUUUCGCCACUUUGGUGCUUAAGAAGUUGUUCCAGAAGAAUAUCAAGCCUUACAUCCCUGAUUUCAAGCUGGCAUUUGAUCAUUUCUGCAUACAUGCUGGGGGAAGGGCUGUGAUUGAUGAGCUGGAGAAGAAUCUGCAGUUGCUACCAGAACAUGUGGAGGCAUCCAGAAUGACCCUCCACAGGUUUGGGAACACUUCGUCGAGCUCCAUUUGGUAUGAGCUCGCAUACACCGAGGCCAAGGGAAGAAUACGCAGGGGCCAGCGAAUUUGGCAGAUUGCAUUUGGGAGUGGGUUCAAGUGUAACAGUGCGGUGUGGCAGGCACUCAGGCAUGUAAAGCCGGCUCCAAAUGGUCCCUGGGAGGAUUGCAUCGACAGGUACCCCGUCAAAGUUGUUCAAUAGCAGCGGAAGAAAUCAGUCGUAGAUCUUAGCAAAUUCAGAGUACUGCCAUGCCAACCAGAGCCAGUUGUUGGUCUUUAAGUUUUGUUCCUUUUGUUCCUCGUGUGAUUUCUUGGUCUGAGCGCUGAAUAUGAUAGGGCAGUUUCUGGCCUGCGUCCGCCUUUAUUUUUGCUUGAAUCAAUCAAUAGUAGUAGUACCGUUGACACCUGAAUUGCUUUGCUAGUCGGGUUGUACUAUAAUUUACUGCUGGUUCUUUUUAUUAUUAUUACUAUUAUUAUUAUUUAAAUCCUUCUUCUUCCCUUCCAUCCAUGCAUGUUCGUAGAUUCACAUAAUUUUGGGCUCUUGAUGCCUCGUGCAACCUUUUCCUAUUCAGCUUCUUUGCCAAGUUUAAGGUCGCCUGCGGUUCAUUUUCAACGCUAGCCUAAGUAGCCUUCGUACCUUAAUAUCAUUAGUUGCCAAAAGAACAUGCAGAUUAUUGCUGCUGCUAAGCCAGAUGAGUUCAUUUUGCGCAGCAACUUGCCGCAGACUUUUUCAAAAAUAUUGGACAUCCCAGAUUGUGGAAUGCUGUCGUUUAAUGGUUGGUUGCUAAUAUGCUAUUCCUUUGGAUGAUCACCAGUGGUGAAAUGCUCAAAUGCUAGGAGCUUUACCGUUAGCGUUGCUUGCACUUUCCAAACGGGAAAUGCCAACUCCUGUGGACCACAUGACUUUGGAUUUAUUGAGGGACAGGAAUCAGGCAUGUUCUGGAAACAGCCUGUGGACAAAGCUGGAAGGAUCAGCGUCGUUUCCAACUUUGCUGCCUCCGAUGGAAAUAGCCGUCUUUUUAAGUCACAAUGCUGAAUUUGACGAUCGGGUUCGAUGGUUCUGUUUGACGAGUCCUACCGCCUGCACAUGCACAUGUGUACGCGCAAAAUUCUUGAAUGUAACUUUUGUUGCUAUUUGUAAUUUGUGGUUGGAUGCAACUUAUUUUAUUAUAUUUGAAUUCCAUCUACUGUCCCCUGGCCUGCAAAA